AUGUUUGGAAAACACGUUCGUUUUGCUACUUCAGUAUAUUCGGAUGAUGGUGACUCGGCCACCAGUGCUACCUCUCACAGUAGCUAUGACAAUUCCUCUGACUCCCACAGAUCCAUGUGCAGCAACUCUCUGGAGAUAGCAAAACACAAAUUGGAAGGGCCGCUUGCCUGGUGGAGUGGAUACACACUAUUAGACUCAUGGACUCCACCCAUGCCUUUCCAGAUACCGAGAUUUAAGGGCCUGAUCAGAGUGGAACCUUAUAUAAGGUUCAAACAAUAUAAAUUGGCUGACAAGGUACGGUUGAGCCAAGAGUGGACAAACGAUCCCAUCGCAAACAGGGACAUAAGAUAUGACAUGUGCUUCUUCGGAGAAUUUGAUGAAGUUACAAGCAUGCUAGCAGAUAUCCAUGUCCUUGACAUGGUUCAUGGUCAUGCCAUGACAGCAACGGCCGGUCCACGAUCCCAAGGACUUACCAACUUGGACCGGUCGCCUCUCGGUCGCAUACAGGAGAAUGGCGGUUCCAUGGAUCAAUCCAUGUAUGAAGAUGAGGGACCGGAUGGAUCUGUGGAUGAUACCGCUGGAUCACCAAUGACGGACACUUAUGACUGCGGUUGGGAGAACAAAUCUGCUGCUGAAUAUAUCGUCCCAGGUUUGGUCCCAACAGAGCAAGCAGAUCUGUAUGACUGCGGAUGGGAGGAUCGGAUGGACAUCGAAACACCAGGAGUGAAGGAAGUUCCUCAAGACUUUGAACGGGAGGAUGAUUCAAAGAAAGAAGGCCUGGGACCGGGUCUGCCGAUGGUUGAGGAAGAAGAUGCCUAUGACUGCGGAUGGGAGGAUGCAAUGGAGAUCCAACCCGCAGCCUCGUCGAUGACUCUCGGAGAUGAAGAAGAUCCAUACGACUGUGGAUGGGGGAAUCAGCAAGAUGAUGGUGCGGCACCCAUCUCCAGUGUUGCAACAGAGGACCUUUAUGAUUGCGGAUGGGAGUACGAGGAGGAUGCCAACGGUGUGUCCCAGGUCGCAAAUCUGGAGGACCCUUAUGACUGCGGAUGGGGAAAUGAUGAUGCCGACAACCUGGAUGUUGUAUCCGGACAUGACCCUUCAAACAAACAAAUGGGUCGCCGGAUGCACAGUCCGACACCGAUGUAUGGGCUCGAUAUAAUCGACUUGACAUCGUCAUCUGCAUCUCAGAGAUCAGAAAGCGAAAAAAGAUAUGAGCCGAUGAGCAUAGAGAUACCGGAAGUCAUCGACCUGACGUCGGACGCUGGAUCGUCCCAAUGGAACACUUUUCAGGAGGCCGGUCAGUCGAUGCACCGUGCCAUCCAGCGACUGAACAGCAUCGGAACUAAACAGCGGAAUGAGGAUACACAGAAUAUGGUCACCGACCAUCCCUCUGGCAUACCCGACCAACUUCCGGCAGGUACGUUGAGGGCGAACCGGAGGCUCGUUGCUGGAUACGGAGAAGCACGGGACAGAGUGACGGAGCUCGGUGAAGAUCUUGUUGCAAUCUACUGA